UGCCCACAAACAAGGCAGGUGUCUUCAGGACUGAUUAGCUGGAACAUAAGAAUUCCAGAUCGCCGCAUCCACCUGCAGAUCUGCAAGCACGUUACUAACAGGAGCGAAUGUAGCCACACACACAGGCUCUCUGAGGAAGGAACAUACUGUCCCCAUUUUAGAGAAGAACCUGAACUAAGGCCACAUUGUCAAUGCUCUCUGGUGGGAGCAAGUACCAAUCAUGCAAACGCUUCUGUUGAGCAUAUGAUGUGGCAGUAAAGGAUCCUGCUGAUGCCUGAGUGAACACUGAUUCUGAGCAGAAGCCUGACCACUGGUACCUGUUCCAUCAUGUACCUGUUCCGUCCCCUUGGGCGUGCUGCAGCAGCUGUUCUUGUCAAUGCCCAGCAAAUUCCCACAACUCCUGAGCUCUUCCUGGGAACCUGGAAACUCGUCUCCAGUGAAAACUUUGAGGAAUACAUGAAAGAACUAGGACUGGGCUUUGCCCAAAGGAAAAUGGGCAAUUUGGCCAAACCCAAAGUGAUAAUCAGCAUGCACAAGGAUGUGAUGACCAUUAAAACUGACAGUGCCUUUAAAGUGACAGAGAUUUCCUUCAAACUGGGCCAAGAAUUUGAGGAAAUCACCGUGGAUGACAGGAAAACCAAGAGCAUUGUGACUAUAGAAAAUGACUCAAUGACUCAUGUGCAGAUGUGGGAUGGUAAAAAAGCCACCAUGAAGAGAAAACUGGUGGAUGGGAAGAUGGUGUUGGAAUACACUCUGAAUGAUGUCACCUGUACUAGGGUCUACGAGCGAGUGGGAUGAACUCCAUCUUCAUGGAGGAUUGUAUUGUUGCAUAUCCAUUUGAUUCAGUGAUAGUUUUAGUCUUAUUAAACAGUAGAAUAUUAUCGAACUUCAUGGCUAUUAUAGCAAAUGUGAACACUGAUGAAUAAAAUAUUUC